AACUUCAGAUUCCUUGCUCAUUUCACUUCACCUGGCUGAGCAGGUCUGUGACGGCUCAAGGGCUAGCUCCUCCACUUUUAUUAUUUUAUUUAUUUUUCAGUCAUCGUUUUUAUUAAAAUAACCAUGUUCAGAGGAAGAGUCCGACACACAUAAAUAAUGGGAACUGCUAAUAGUAAGCAGGCUGCUCUAAAAUGUGCUGGGGCUUUGACUUAAGGGAAGAAAGCACAGCCCUGCAUUGUCCCUAUCAGGAAGCUGGAGCACAGAAGACUUAACAGGCCUGUUGGCAGGAUGGGGCAUUUGGAGGACAUUGGGAAAGGCAGUCCGGAGACCGGCUGGAAAUAACUGUUGGGUCUUUGCCACUGAAGCAGAAAGGGAAAGGUAGAGACACUUGCAGUCUCUGUUCCUCCCAUUUUUCUUCAUGUGAGGUCUUCAUCUUCCAGUGUUUGAAGCUUUGUGGUCUGAGCUGGAAAGAGUUCACUUAGGAUCAAAAAAAUGCCGAAGGUCAGAAACAUCCUGGGACACUGCUUCUGUCAAAUCUACAUCACUGGACUGUUUCUACCUCCUCACUAAAGAUGGUCAGAAAAGAAGCCAAAUACAAGUAUGAGAGUGAGUUCUAAAAACAAGAAGCAAAAUUGUAAGACAGAGAAGGAAGUGUCCUUCAUCUGUUCUGUAAGAUGAGUCAACGUGCAGCAGCACCUUCUAGAAGAAUGGCUUUGUGCUUGUGAAUUGCAAACAGCUGGAUCUGCCUCACAAAUUCGCCUGCGUGCUCAACACCUGAAACUAAUCCUUUGGAUACUUCACCCAUGACUCUUAUGAACAAUGCAGGGAAAUAAGAAACAUACAGAAGGACAUAGUGAUUCCUCAAGUAUUGGGAGUCUCCUGGAUGACACAGACAGAGAGGUGAGCAGCCUCACAGAUCGGGCUUUCAAAAGCUUGUGUGUAGCAGAACUCGAAGACCCUUACAAUGAACCGGAACUUUCCAUUUCACCUGACUUUGCCCUCCAGUUGUCUGCUAAAAUUCACUCAGGGACGUUAAACCAUGACAUCAAGAAAAGCAAUGUCUGUGACAAGGUAACAGCAAAAAACAAUGAACAUACAUUUUGGGCUUCCACAUUCCAGCAGUUACCAAGGUGUGCUUCAGAGGAAAAAAGGAUUGCUAAAAACAACACCUUUGCUGUGGAAAGGAAAUUGAAUUUGCCAGUCCCUUGUCCAAGGAACAACAAGCAUGUUUCAAAAGUGUCCUCAUUGAUUAAGACAUUUGAUAAGUCUGCAGACCAAGGGUCAGGAAGUUCUCUGAUAGCAAAUAAACAGCCCAUUAAGAAUAGCUUUCAAAAAUAUAAAAUAAAUCAUGGCAAUGAUAUUGCUUCCUGGGAUGAUACAGACAUUUUAAGCAUCCACAAGGAACUUUCUGAAUUUUCUGAGGCUAGUCAAGAUAGUCAUUGUCUCAGUGGCAAACAUGAGCCACAAAGAAGACCUAAUAAAAUAGACCUGAGUUAUGGGGACUCUGAUGGUUGUUAUCCUGUGCUGAUUGAGAUGUCAAAAAUAGCCAAGUCAAAUUUUUCCCAUUCUUCUAAGAAGGCUUUAAAUAACAGAAACUUGAAACUUAGUGAGCCAGCAAAAAAAGGUAGCUUUCUUCACAGUGAGAAUAGUGCUUUUGAAUCAUGGAAUGUUCAUAACAAAAAAUUGUCAGAAAAGGAGGAAUUUGUUAACAUAAAAAUGAAAAAGGAAGGUCUUGCAUACCUGGAAGAAUCACCAUUUGUUAAAGGAUCCCAGACAUGUGAACAUAAAUUGUCACCUGUCAUGACCAUUGUUGCUAAGAAGAAAGAGAAAGAUUUUCAGAUGAAGCCAACUCUACAAGAAGCUUCUUUCUCUCUCCGAGUUGUACCUCGGGGUGCCCUCCCUUCAGAAACCAAAUUUCCUGUUGCUUUCCCUCCCACACCUCCCCCUAGGAACCAUGUACACCAGGGUCCCCCUCGGCCACCCCCUGCCCCACCGGCACUUCCUCUCCCACCCCCCUCCCAGCCCGGCCAUGCCUCAACACCCCCUACCCCUGAAGCCCCUCCUGUGCCACCACCCCCAGUCCCAGCUCGACUUUCCCCCACUGCCUUGUCCCAAGCCUCUGUGUCACCCCAGUCUGUGUCCUAUAGGAUGGUUUCACCCUCACUCAGGUUUGAGACACCCAGUCCACCUCCACCAAAACCCCAGGCCACGUUAACUGAGGACCCCCUCAGCCCCCAGCUGGGCAGCACCUGUCCACCCUGGAGGAGACAGAGGGCUGCAGAAAGGGCAGCAGGGAAGAGACAGGCUGCAAAGGAGAAGGUCACAGACAGCCACAAGACCUCAUUGUCUGAAAAGGAGACUGGUGCUGACCCUGGUCUGCACGUGACUCCUCUGGCUGGACAAGCAAACUCCCCUGGGUCGAUCAGUCCCUCCUUCAACAUCACCCAACUCCUGACGCCUGUCAUUCCACCAAAACAGGAGGUGAACACUGCUGAAAGCGAGCUGAUCCCACUGACACCUCCGCCCACGGAGAGCACGGCCUCAAGAGACCAUGAGGAGAGCACCUUAGACGAUUACAGGUCUUGGGAUAGUUACAGGCUGACAGCAUCGAGUCUGUUAUUUAACUUAAAGGAUGUGCGUAAACGUGUUAAAAGCAUUUAUACCCCUUCUCCCCUGUUAAGGGCCUUGGAGGAGAAAAAUAAAACAAGGGAAAAUAUUCAGGAGAGUACAAAAAUGGAUACUUCAUUCUCAGCUUUGCACGAUGAAAGUGGGAAAAAUAUUACAGAGAAAGAUGAAUUGAGUGAUAUAGCUUAUGUUUUGUCUAGCGGUGCUCAUGAAAAGGACAAUAAAACUGAUUUAACUGGACACUUCACAGGUGACUACCUGACUUUGAGUUCACCCCAGACAACAGAAGACCUUCCAUUUUACCAAACUGGAGACAGCAUGCAGCAAGACAAUUCAAAACACCAAGAUCUGGUUAAAAACACAGAGGACAGUGAAAAUUUCCCCUCAUUCAGACAUGAAUCAAAUGAAUCUGACUUAGGGAAACAUCAGCAGUAUCCAGCACAGAGACCAUUCAGUAGAAACAAUGUUGAUACAAAAGCUGGGCAGCCCAUGCAAAUUCAAAGUGUGCAGGGUGAGGAAAAUGAAAGACAAGCUGCUAUUCAGAACGAAAAUUUUGCCUUCAAAACACUCCUAAACCAACUCUCACCAGAAGAAGAUGAAGCUUACAGUGGCACCCAAACCAACAUUGUGGUACCUGGCCAUGAAGCACAAGGCAAAAGAAGCACUAGUUCUUCAGAGCAAUCCUUCGUCUCCACAGUGGAGCAGCCACUUCAGGAAGAGCCAUUUCUGCCCCUGAUGGAGCAGACAUGCCUCCAAGAAAGCCAGAGGACUGACGGUGAAAUGGGUUCAGGAAGUAAGAAAAGACACAAGGAGAGAGGGAAAGAGGUUGGGGAAGAGGAACUGCAAUACUGUGCUUGUAUCAGCCCUAGUACUGGUGCCGCAGAGAGGAGGGAGGGAAGUGUUACUGGGAAUGAACAGAGGAGCUUGAUGAAAGAGAAACUAGGGAGAGAGAAAAGGGAAGAGGCCAACAGCACAAAUUCUGCAUCCGACGAUAUAAGAGAUAUGUCCAUCCCCAGGCCCGAGGAGCCACAAACACCAUCAUCUUCAAGCUCAACCAAACCCAGUCUGUUUAUGAUUAAAGAUAACACAUUCAGGUCGCCUCAGGUAAUACGGGCUGUCAAGCUGCCCCUGCUCCGGUCGUUUUCCCUGGAUGAUACAGUGAGCAGCAGUUACAGGGAAAUGGAACGUAAGUUUAUGUCCCCAGCAGUUUACAACAAGCAGCACCGAAACAUCUUGCAUGCCCAGGAGGUUGGCUGGUGGACAUCAAGACACAGAGGGCAGCAGAACGUGAGAGAUGGAGCAACUGACAGAGAAAAAGAAGCCAGUGAGCCUGGAUCUACUGCAGUAAUACUGGAUCCCAGUCUUCUGGAAGAUACAGAGAGCUUUUCAUUUGGAAAACUGACGGAAGAAGAUGAAAAGACUUGUAUGUUGUUAAAUAAGUUUGGGAAAAUGAAUGAGGAAAGUGUCUGUAGAAGUAAAAAGAAGCCUACAAAAGCAAGACACAGCUUAGCACAGCCAAUUAUAGGUCUGGAAAAUGACCAAGCACAAAACAACCCGAGCUAUCCUGCAGAAAGAAAGACAAAUUACUUCAAGAAUCAUCAUUUAUCUAACCGCAAAGGGGGCUCUUGUGCAAAAAAAAUAAUCACUAGGGAGACAAUUUCCCCUGUGACUGGCUCCAUAUUAGAGGACCACACUUGUUCUUCCGUAUCCCAUGAUACUUUAGAGGACAUCCUGCAUACAGAAGGUGCACCAAUUUUGUUAGACAAUUUUUCAUGCUCUGCUAUUACAAGCCCCAGGUCAGGAAGCACGAUGCACUCUCUUUCUGCCAGUUCAUUGUCAGAUAAACCAACUCUUUCUGGCCUUAGAGAGACAGAGGAUGUUACACACCCUGCCUUGUUGAACAUGGCACUAGAGAGGCAAGCUUACAUGCCUGCAGAGGAGAUAAGUGAUUCAGCACAGAGGAAUCUGCUUUCUGAUGUCGCAGUGGAAGAUGAGAGACUGGAGCCCAGGGGACUUGGUGGGAGAUCAGCAGGCAAGCCACCCACUGUGCCACCAAAAACAGAAAAGGCUCUGCGUCGGGCUAAAAAGCUGGCGAACAAGAGGAAAAAAGUGCAAGAGCAGCAGAAAAACCAUCAGGCUGAGCAUACAGAUACUGUAGGGAGAAAGCCUACUCAUUCUGGAGACACAAUAGUAUCUGCCUCACCCUUAGGAUAUUCCCCCCUUCAUCCUCCCCUUCACUCAACUUCUACUCCCACAGAAACCACUACUGGGAAAUCAAGGCUUGCACCAGUAGCAAGCUCUUCAUCCUCUUCAACACAGCGGAAACUCCUCCAAGACCCUGACUCCGGUCAAUACUAUGUAGUUGAUUUACCAGCUGAAGUUAAUUUAAAGACAUUUUAUGACCCAGAAACUGGCAAAUAUGUUCAAGUCUCAGUCCCUUCCUUGGAACAGAACUUACACCAGUCCACCUCUUCAGAAAUUAAGAAUUCUCCCUAUGCCUCCUACCCUAGAUUGCUGCCUUUACCAGCCUCAUCGGUGGCAGUGCUGAAAUCACCUUCUCAGCUCUCUGAACCUGCCUGGUCAGUGCCUGCUGGACCAGAACCAGCUGAACUACCUGAAGAUGGCCAGCAGGACCACAGAUACGCUGAGUCUGUGGAUACUCAGCCCUACACUGAACCAGCCUCCUACUCCUACCAUCAAGAUGCUGGAGAAACUCCAGUUCACUUGGGAAAGGAUGUGAGCCCAACCCAGCAUACUGGCAUUGUCACCCUUGCCAAUUUAGAUGAUUUUGCUGCUGAAGGAGUAUCUUGAAAGCUGAAGUAAAAAAACAUGCCAACUAAUGUUUUUAAGAACUGUUUGGACAGACAACAUGCACACAAAAGCACAUGCAGAUUUGAUAUUUGUACAACACUUUGAAUCUCGGUGUGGUUUGGGUGGGAAAGGAAAUGAAAGCUGUUCAUGUGGAAAGAUGCAAGGUAAUGACCACUUUGAAGGAAAGAGAAAUUGAGUAAGCACCAAAUUAUCAGUGAGAUGAAGGGGCAAUGCCAGCUAGACAAAUACAUUUGACAAUGUGAAGCCACUGCUUGCUGCUGCUGCUGCUGCUUUGUCAUUAAGAAGGCUGGGAAAGCCAAAGCAAAGUGUCCUAUUGCCCAGAUGUGCUGAAUGAUACAUGACACAAAAUAAAACCUAUGAGACCAUCCUAUGCGACCUAGAACUGAUGCUGCAUCUACUGAGCUUUCCUCACUCACUGCCUUUGAACUAUAUAUUGACAGGUAGAAAGUAUGUGGCUACAAAUAUGCCAUAUAUGCAAGAUCCAUUUUUUGCACACGUUGACUGCCCUGAUGUCAUUGAUAAGAAGAUUGUAUACUGGAUUCACAAUACAACAGCCAUGUCAAAAAAAGCCCUUUUAAACAACCAGAAUACAGUUGCAGCUGCUCUAGACUUCUCAUAUAUUUUUGCAGUGCCCACUAACAUGCUGCUGAACUCUUCGUAUUUCUUGAUAACAUCCAAAUAGGUUCCCCCAGAGUCAGGGUUUAUUUAUAAUGCAACUUAAAACUUCAGGUUAUCUUGAUACUUGGCCUGAAAUAUUUUGGUAAGGAGCAAGGUUGAAUGAAAUCCCACAACAGUGUUUAAUUCCUUGUUAGGUCAAGAGGUUCUUUGCUAUUGUAAUUUAAAUGUAUUUUGUUUUGUUUUCAGGCUCCCGCUGAAACAUGGAAUUAACUUUUAAAACCUGAAAAAUGUACCUUAUUUUGAUCUUGUGAAUUCUGUGAUUUAAUGCAAACAAACAAACAAAAUAUUCAGAACAUUCAAAGUAUUAAUUUCUAGAGAAGUGCUUCUUUGAAGUAUCACUUUUCUUUGAAAGAUCUGUAUGAAAAUAUCACUCAUCCUUGCAUAAGCUCUUUUUUGUCAUCAUAGUUAAUGAGGAAACCUAGGUGAAAAGAUGGAAAAAUUGAAUGUAUUCUGCCUGCUUGUAAAUAUCUAUAUUUGGAGUAUUGGCUUAGUUUUUUCUGUCUCAUUUUAAUACUGUUUUCCCCAGUUACAACUGAAGUGUAGAAGCUCUAAGGAAGAGCUUCAGUGAAGCAGCUCUUGACUUCCUGAAAAGAAAGGGAUGAAUCAGGCCUUUUGUUAAUGAAUACAGAGUGGAGACAGGACUCAGCCACUGCUCCAGUGUUAAUAUUUAUGACAGAUUUUCUUCAGUAAAUUUCCCAGGACUGAAGCCUCUCUUAAGACACAGACCCACUUUGUGGUUUUUCUCCUUUCUUAACCUGAAUUCAGGUUAACCUGAACAUCAGCCUUCCUCUAUUCCUGACAAGAGCCAUGAGUUCACAACCUGUCCUGGUCCCACCAGACAGUUCCUUUCAUCAGUGCCACUUACUGAAACAUUUCUCUGAGACAAACACUAAGGGCAUCACUUCAUUGAUUACAAUGGGGUUUAGAUUCAGCCUUUAAUGAUUUUCUAAGGUUCACUUCACCUGUUACGCAUUUUGUGAUUUGGUAGGUUUGAUUGCAACAGAAGGUGGGUUGUAAAUGAAGAAGCUUGUACUGGUAUGGUUUGGGCUUUAAGCAUAUCCAGCCAAAUGCCCAUAUUUGAAUAAACAUUUAUUGUUCAGUUUUGCACCCCAGAAAGUUUUCAACACCUGACUGAAUAAAGCCCUGAACAACCUGGGCUGUUCCUAGAGCUGAUCUUCCUUGACCAGGAGGUUCACCCAGAGAUCUCCUAAGAUCUCUGCAGCCUGAAUUAUCCUCUGAUCCUGUUCUGAAAACAAUAAAAUUUAAAUAAAUUUUGUCUUGGAAUUCAGCAAAUGCAGUCUCCCCUGAGAAAAGGCUCCUUUUGAAAGAUUUUUUUAAAAAAAAAAAACUGAAAAUCAAGAGUGUUUCAGGAACAAGAAUUAAUUUUCAAGCUGCUAAAUUAAGGGAAGUGACUCUUACUAUAAAUAUUUUUUAGUCACAAGUAUUUUGUAAACUGAUGGUGCUGUUCAUGUUGCACUUCUCUGUUGCUGUCACUCUAUACAGUAUAAUUGCUAUCCAGUAUAGAGCAGCAUCUCAUCCACAUGUUAAAAUAUAGAUAAAUAGAUCCAUUACAGUUUUCCAUGGUGCAUUAGACAAAACCCUACAAAAUCUUAAAGCCUAUCAGAGUGCACAAGACUUUUUUUCUUGUGUGUGCAUGUGUUAUUACAAAUUUUAACACCCUUAACAGCCACAAGUCAAGAAGUAGUUCUCAGAGGACAGGAUAAAAGCUUCCAUUCCAAGGGAAGACUAUGGAUAUGAAGUAUCUGUGCACAGAUUUAAAAAUUAAUGGUAAUUUGAUGACAAAAACGUAUAUGAGUAUUUAAAAAGGUCUCUUUUACUUCUUUAACUGUCAUUUGUUUUGUAGACAUACACACUUCUGCACCCUUUUAUCAAGGGUUUCCUAAAACUCUUAUUGUGGAGAGUGGGAUGCUCCAUUAUACUGCUUCCAGGUAUGUGAGGAAAGCAGGGUGUGUUUUUCCCUCUGCUGUUAAAGUGAGCUGAAACAUGGGCUUGUAAAGAGGAGCCAGCCCUAACUGGGAUACCAAAUACAUUUCAAGUAAGACUUCUUCAUUUCCAUCAGCCCUUUCUGCUAGCUUCAGGGAGCUGCAUUCACAGUGGACUGAACAGCCCCAGAGGAGAAUUUGUAGCUGAAUUGCUAUAGCAAGGUGAGUGUCUUCUCCAAGGUAACAAGUGACAGCACUUGAGGAAAUUACCUGAAGUUGCUCCAUGUAGGUUUAGAUUAGACAUUAAGAAAUAUUUUUUCACUGUAAGGGUGCUGAGUCAUUGGAAUAAGUUGCUUGGGGAAGUAGUGGAAUCACCAUCCUUGGAAGUGUUUGAAAGGUGUGGGGAACACUUGGUGCUAGGUUAACUCUUGGCCACAAUGGUUCUAGAGGUCCUUUCCAACCUUAAUGAUUCUGUGGUUCUGUGCAAUUAAACAAAGCAGGGAGUUUUGAGAAUAGGUAAGAGAGUGGUUCUUGUCUUAGAUGAUGUUAGAAAAGUAUUUCUCCAGGUCCCAGCCUGGUAUUGAGCAGGAACCCAUCAGCAAACCCAUCUCUGGCCUAGACCAUGCUGCUGGCCAACUUCCUGCUAGGCUGUGGGAGUGUGUGAGUACAAACACACUCAUGCAUCCCCAUAAACAACCCUAUAUAUGUAUGUAAUAUACCUGUGAAACUGCCAUUUGCAUAUCAGUAUAAGAAAGCAGUAAUGCCUGUGAACACAAAAUAUUUGUGGGUUAAAAGGAAGACAGAUGGCACCUUUUCAAAUAACAAAUAUUUUUCAUUCCUUGCCCUAUUCUGUUUGUGUUUGUUGGGGGGAUGUUUCCAUUUCUGCUGUGGGAAACAGGACUGGACAAGGUCUCAGUACUAGGAGGAAUGAGAGCUGUAAACUGACCCUUUUCUUUGGGGGAGGGUGCUAUGGGAAACGUGCAAUAAUCAUGAAAGCAGUUGUAGGAAAGCACUGUUUUGUGACAGUGACAUUAAGUUGUAGGUUUAAGAGGUGUUGAGGCAAACCAAGCCAAAUUCUUCCUUGCCAGCAGACUGUGGUUAGGACUAAGGAACAAGGUAGGUUCCUGGCAUGCACAAAAGUACAGCAGGCUGAAGGGAACAGGGGCCACUGUUUUCACUGUUUCCUAAUCCUGCACGUGGGCUUAGUGCAUGUUGCAUUUCUUGGUGCCCUGAGGCUCCUUUACCGUGGUGAUUCUUCUUUGGCAGAUGUGACUGAGGCCAAACUUCAGUCUUUGAUUCUAGGGCCAGAACUGCCUCCCUCUGAAUCUCCAUCUCCUUGUGGGGUGACUGCAAUGCCAACAGUCCAGCUGUCACAUGGCAGACUUGGGACUGCCAUCCCACAGCCAUGGCUCUGUCCCAAGGGCUUGAAUUUCCUUGUGGAAAAUGCUGGAUCUGUUUUAGAGAGCUUAGUUUAAUUGAAAUGACCUACAUGCAUAGAUUUUUGUCAACUCCUCCUUAGGUGUUCAGUGCCUUCCUAAGUCAGCUAUCCAAGAAGAUAUAUGUCAUCAGCACGUUCCAUCAAUGCAACUGUAUUUGCAAAUAAGUAAUUAUUUAUUAAUAAAUAAAAUAAAUGGGACUUGUUUU